AUGACAGACAGCCCAGAGGAAGAGGCGACACUGGCAACAGAGCAAGUCUUCGACGGUCCGCCCACAGGCGCAGGUCUCUCACGGUCUAGCUCCUUCAAAGCCAGCUCGUCGGGCUCAGCUACGCCUGCGCUUCAGGAUGACACAUUCUCUGGCUUCACCACUCUUCUCGACCUCGUCGUCGUGCUCGACGCUCACCUCGACCUGCUCAACCGUCGGAUGCGCGCGCGGACGUCACUCUGGAAAGAGAAAGCGAUAGAGGUGAGGACACGGGCAGAGGAUGUCAUCUCCAAACGCACGGGUCCUUUGGUCGCUCGUUCAAAGUCUUAUGUUCAGCUCGGAGAAGCGACUCGCUGGCUCGAUCCUGGUCGCCCGACCGCUGGAUCUGCAGAAGACAGCAAGCGCAUCGAGCGAGAAAAGAUCACGGAGCGCGUUGAGCUUGAGGUGGCCAAGUUUCGCGCAAAGGUUCAGAAGAGGGUCUCGACAAUGUCGUCCAAAUGGAAUGACGCGCAUGUCGUCUCGCUCAGAGAGAAGCUCUCCUUCAGCUUUGGCGUGCUCAACAUCAUGGCCAGUUGCCUCUUGCUGGGCUUCGAGCCAGCCUGGAUCCCAACAUGGUACUCGCUUCAGGCAGCAUGGCUUUUGCCCGUCAGACUCUACACGUACAAGAAACGCAACUACCACUACUUUCUCCUGGACUUUUGCUACUACGUCAACGUUCUCGUCCUCGUCUUCCUGUAUCUGAUGCCACAUAGCAAGAUCCUGUUCGAGUCUACAUACUGUCUAGCAAUGGGCCCGCUUCUUCUGGCCAUACCAACCUGGCGCAACUCGCUCGUUCUGCAUUCGCUCGACAAGAUCACAUCACUCUACAUCCACAUCUUCCCGCCGUUCCUGCUCACCUCGCUGCGACACUUUGACCCUACAGCCCAUCAGAGGUACUCUGCUCUAGCAGAGAUGCCCGCACUCCAGCCUUCGCGCAGCCUCGUGCUGUCUUCUGCCAUCUAUCUCGUCUGGCAAGUCGCAUAUUACGUGCUCAUCGUCGUAGCCCGCAAGGAAAAGAUCAAGCAAGGCCGCGUCACGAGCUUCACCUACUUGCAAGCAGACACAAAGGGCAAGUCAACUGACUUGUGCAUUCUCGUGCUAUGCGCUAUCGGCAAGAUCAUCGCAAAGGUGCCUCCACCCCGUCGAGAAGUCACGUUCAUGUUCUGCCAGUUCAUCUACACGAUCAUCACCAUGUUGCCAGCCGCGCUCUUCGCAUACGAUUCCAAAUUCUUCAGCGGCUGCUUGCUUAUCUCUUGCUUCGGCGUAUCAGUCUGGAACGGUGCCUGCUUCUACGCUUUCAAGGACAAGCGAUUCGAUCGAGAGUUGACUGCAUUGAGACGAGAGCUGGAGGAUCUGCAUCGCUCGUCUGGCGGCACGACUUCGCCCAGCGUCAAUGGCGCGUCACUUGACGGCGAGACGCAAGUCGAAGAGCCAGAAGAAGUCUCCCUGGAUAGCAUCUCAGCAGACACACCGCUGGCCAGUGAGAGCACUGGCGCGAGACCAGCAGUGUUGCAGGAGGCCACAAAGAGCAAGUCACAAUGA